GAACGUGAAGCGGAUUUAACAGGGUGUGGAAUCCGACACAAACAAGUGCGAGAGAUAGACUUUUCCUAAGAUUUCUAGAGAGAGAAAGUAGUAGGAGGAGAGAAACGCGCUCAAGGAGACACACACACACACACACACACACACGCGAAGACCCAAUACCAAUACCAAAACCAAAACCAAAAUCCAAAAUUGUGUGUUUUAAUUCGAAGGAAGGAUCCAGUGAUUUGUACAGAUAAUACACAUACAAACCAUCUUCAUCUUCAUCUUCAUCUUCAUCGUUCGUCCUCCAUGGACGGAAACUACAAGGCUGUUCUAGUAAAUUGCACAAGACUCGCAAAACCUUGGACACCCGGAAUCCAUAAAGACCUACAGGACGUUUCUACUUUUAGUAGAUGUCGUUCCGUAGCCUAGCUCGUGACAUAAGGGAUAGUAUUGGAAGCUUGUCGAGGCGGAGCUUUGAGGUGAGGCUGCAUGGCCAUCACGGUGGGAAGUCUCGUGGUGCCGUUCAUGAGUUGCAUGACCAGCCUGUAGUUAUCCAGAGCAGUUGUUGGGCUAGUCUUCCUCCAGAGUUACUCCGUGAUGUGAUUAAGAGGUUGGAGGACAGUGAGAGUACAUGGCCUGCCCGAAAGCAUGUCGUUGCAUGUGCAGCUGUUUGCCGAUCAUGGAGGGAGAUGUGCAAAGAAAUUGUUCAGAGUCCUGAGUUUUGCGGAAAAUUGACAUUCCCAGUAUCUCUCAAGCAGCCGGGAUUUCGAGAUGGAACUAUUCAAUGUUUCAUUAAGAGAGACAAGUCCAAUUUUACCUACCAUCUGUUUCUUUGCCUUAGCCCUGCCUUACUUGUAGAGAAUGGUAAAUUUCUUCUUUCUGCAAAACGGAAUCGCAGAACCACUUGUACAGAGUAUGUGAUCUCCAUGGAUGCUGAUAACAUAUCAAGGUCAAGCAGCUGUUAUAUUGGAAAAGUGAGGUCGAAUUUCCUUGGAACUAAAUUCAUAAUCUACGACACACAGCCACCACACAACAGCUCCGAUGUUUCCCACCCGGGUUGUACCAGCCGUAGAUUCUACUCGAAAAAGGUUUCUCCAAAAGUCCCCAGUGGAAGUUAUAACAUUGCUCAGGUUGCUUACGAGCUUAAUGUGCUAGGCACAAGAGGCCCACGUCGGAUGCACUGCAUCAUGCAUUCGAUCCCCUCUUCUGCACUUGAGCCGGGUGGUACUGUCCCCGGCCAACCUGAGCUCCUUCCCCGCCCUCUUGAAGACUCAUUCCGGAGUAUAUCCUUUUCCAAAUCAAUCGACAACUCAACAGAAUUCAGCAGUGCCCGUUUUUCAGACACAGUCGGCCCACGUGAGGACGACGAUGGUGGAAAGGAUAAACCUUUGGUUCUGAAAAACAAGCCACCAAGGUGGCAUGAACAGCUGCAGUGCUGGUGCCUAAAUUUCAGAGGGCGGGUAACGGUUGCAUCUGUCAAGAAUUUCCAGCUCAUUGCCGCUAUGCAACCUGCUGCGAGUGCACCAACACCAUCCCAACCAAACCAGUCCGAUCAUGACAAGAUCAUUCUGCAAUUUGGGAAGGUUGGCAAAGAUAUGUUCACCAUGGAUUAUCGAUAUCCUUUAUCAGCCUUUCAGGCUUUCGCCAUCUGUCUAAGCAGCUUCGACACUAAACUGGCAUGUGAAUAGAAGUAGCAGAAGAUUUGAAUUAGGCUUCUUGUGUGGACUUCAGUGUGUAAAAAUCACUGUUGUGCUCUUGCAAAUGAAGCAGUGUUUUCUUCUUGUUCUUCCUGUUCUGCUUUUUUAAUUAUUAGUUAUUUUUAAUCUGGUCGAGAUACGAUGAUUCUGUUGUAUUCUGCUGUAAUACGAUCAUUUUUCUUCUUCCUCUUGACGGGACUGCAUAAUUUUAAACCUCGUUCAAACUUUUUCUUAUUCUUUA